AUGGGAUCCAUGAAUUCAAACAAUUGGCUUUCCUUUCCACUUUCACCCACUAAUCCAUCUUUACCACCACAUCUUCAAACCACAACUCAUUCCCAUCAUUUCUCUUUGGGAAAUUUGGAGAAUGAUCAUAAUAUGGAUAUCCCAUUUCAAACCCACCAUGAGUGGAAUCUGAUAAGUAAUCAAAGUGGUGGUGAAGUUCCAAAAAUAGCAGAUUUUUUAGGAGUAAGCAAGGCAGAAAAUGAGACAGAUCUCAUUGGGUUUAAUGAAAUUCAUCAUCAUCAGAGCAAUGAUACAGAUUAUUUGUUUCCAAUCACAAGAUUAGUUCCCGUUCAUCAACAACAACAACCUACUGCUCCUCUUCCUAAUAUAAAUCUCGAUUCUUCUACUAAUUUUGACCUUCAAGAUAAUUCCAACUGUUUGCAAUCUUUAACCCUUUCAAUGGGCAGUGGCAAACCCUCUACUUGUGAAACAACCUCCACCCCUGACAAUAAUACCUCCAAUACUACUACUAAUAAUAAUAGCAAUACCACUCUUGAUGUUACUCCUCGAAGAACUUUGGACACUUUUGGCCAAAGAACUUCCAUUUAUCGUGGUGUCACUAGGCAUAGAUGGACAGGAAGAUAUGAAGCACAUUUGUGGGAUAAUAGUUGCAGAAGGGAAGGGCAGUCCAGGAAGGGUCGGCAAGUCUAUUUGGGUGGGUAUGAUAAAGAAGAGAAAGCAGCUAGGGCUUAUGAUCUUGCUGCAUUGAAGUAUUGGGGAACAUCCACCACCACAAAUUUUCCUAUUAGUAACUAUGAGAAGGAAGUGGAGGAAAUGAAGCACAUGACAAGACAAGAAUUUGUGGCUGCAAUUAGAAGGAAGAGUAGUGGGUUUUCAAGGGGUGCAUCAAUGUAUCGUGGAGUUACAAGGCACCACCAGCAUGGAAGAUGGCAAGCUAGGAUUGGAAGAGUAGCAGGAAACAAAGAUCUUUAUUUGGGAACUUUCAGUACAGAAGAGGAAGCAGCAGAAGCAUAUGACAUAGCAGCGAUAAAAUUCAGAGGGUUGAACGCGGUGACAAACUUCGACAUGAGUCGCUACGACGUGAAAAGCAUAUUAGAGAGCAACACACUCCCGAUCGGUGGCGGUGCGGCGAAGCGGCUAAAAGAGGCUCAAGCCAUGGAAUCAUCUCGAAAACGAGACGAAAUGAUUGCCCUAGGUUCCUCUUCCUCCUCCUCCUCUUGCUUCCAAUAUGGAACCUCUUCCUCCUCUACAGCUAAUUCCUCCCAUUACCCUAAUUUACUCCAACAACCAAAUCUCAACAUAGACCAUCACCUUCAAACCCAACCUUUGCUCUCUCUUCAAAACCACCAUGACAUUUCUCAUUACACCCACCAUCCCUCCUCAUUCCACCACCCUUCUUCUUCUUCUUAUAUCCACCACUCAUCUGAUCAUUCCCCAUAUCCUAACAACACUAACCAUCCAUUUUACGGUGGCGGAUAUCUUCAUAAUCAUCCCGCUUUACUUCAGGGGAUGAUCAACAUGGGUGGUGGAAGUGGAGGGUAUCUUGGGAAUGCAUUUGGGAUGGGUUCUACGUCCAAUGGCGGUGGUGCGACAGCGGAGGAAUACGCGCUCGUUAAGGUUGACUAUGACAUGCCUAAUUCCGGUGGGUAUGGGGGUUGGACCGGGGAUACGGUUCAAGGUUCUAACGCUGGGGUUUUCUCUAUGUGGAACGAUUGAUAUGUGAU